AUGCCAAGGUCCCGUCAUCGCCGCGUAAAACCUGCAACUCGAACGACUGGAGCGGAAACGACAGAAGCGGGCGAUGCUGUCGUUACAUCGCCAGAUCCUCGGGACGAUAAAGUGCUGCCGUCUGCUUUCGAAAAGCCUGACACUCCAGAUAAGAGCAUAAAAAUCUCGAAGGAAAAGGACGUGGCAAAUUCGGAGGAGCAUUCCGACCUUCCUGAAGAGGACGACGAUGGCCUCUCAAACGAUGUUAUCUUCCAAUGCAGCUCGUGCCGCUCCGUCGUGGGUGAUACGCUUUCCGAGUACGAGGCCCAUCUGGAGUCGAAAACUAUUUCGUUAAAAGCCGCCCGUUCCGUCGUCAUCGAAGGCAAAAUGAAGAUGUCAAGCACUGGCUUUGAUGCUGGUUGCACAUACAGACCCAUCCGAUGCUCCGAAUGUCAGCAUCAUCUAGGCCGGGUGUACGGCUCUACUACACCUGCUUUAGACAGUCGUCGAUGUACAUACACUUUCGAUACUACCACGCUCGUUAGCUACCAGCUAGGCACUUGUCUCACCAUUGACGGCGGGCGCAUGGAACCAGGCAAUCGACAUGGCACGGGAAAUGGGAGGGACUCGCAGUCAGGAGAAGCUGGAAAAAUGAGCGUCACCACUGAAGCCUAUGAUGCCCUACAUGCGCAUGUAGGCUCGCUGACGGAACUCGUAAACAAGCUCUCCGCAUCCUUUGAUGACAACUGUUUGGAAGUCAAGACGCUGACUGACGCCAACAAUAAUACAAUCGCCGACUUGAAAACCGGAAUCGAAAAUGCACAAAACAUGAUGUUGUUGUGGGAAGAGCGCUUCAGAAGGUUGGCAGCCUGUGAGCAACGUCUUGAACAACUAUCCGUUACGGGCCAUCGAAUGAGCAACUACGAAGGGCGCAUGGCACGGGUAGAGAACGCUCUGGGUGGGUACGCGUCCCCAUCUAAACAACACAUCCAUCGCACUCCGUCGAGGCUGAAGAUCUCACCAUCAAUAAGGAAACCUACCGCUUCCCCAGCACGGAUGGCUAUGCGCACGACAGUGUCUCCAGCGCGGCCCGCCAUGCGCGCAGCACCAUCCCCAGCGAGGGGCCCAAUGAGAAGGGCAGACUCAUCACCAGCAGUGACCGCGAACGUGCACCUCCCAAAGAGGCGUCGAUAG